AUGGCAUACAAAAAUUUGAUGUUGUUGUACACCACCAACCCAGCAUUGUGGUGCAAAUUCUUCCUAACUACUCACAUAGGAGUAGCCUUGACGUGGUACAACUCUCUUCCAGGGAGAAAUAUCCACACUUUUGCCCAAUUAGAGAGCAAAUUCCUGGGUCACUUUGUGGCAUAUAAAAGGCAGGAGAAAUCAAACUUCCAUUUGCUCAGCAUAACGCAACUGGAAGGGGAAUCCAUAUCAUCGUAUCUGAGGAAAUUCCAUGAGGCAGUGCUGAAGACAUACGCAGAGGCCAUGAAACAGUGUCAAAGCUACGUCACGGCCUCUAAGAUAUGCCAGGCACAUGAACCCAAAAGGCAAAAGUCAGAGAAGAAGGAUCCAAUAUUCUCCCAUCACUCUUCAAGGAACAAAGAGGAACAUUCAUCAAGAAGAGACAGAAACUACAUGUUGCGUCAUCCGGAACCCCCAUCAGACAUGGGACCUCCACGAUCCAAACAUGUAUAUGUCACGGAAGGGGAAGCCAGGACACGAAAAUUGCUCGACGGAAGUAACGACCCGAUGUUCAACUGCAACAGAAAAGACAUAUUUUUUGCCAUCCUGGACGAGUUGCCAACUCCACCUCCUACUGCCACCCCCUCUGAUUGUCGCAACUACAAUUUGUGGUUGUUACCACAAAGAACAUGGCCAUGCCUUGGCCCAAUUCGCGAACUCAAGCGUAUCCUACAUCAGCUAGCCGACGAGGGGAAGCUGUCAAAGUUCAUCAAUCGAAAAGACUAUGACAUGAGAGGCGACGCGGAAAGAAGGCCUUGGAACCAGAAUAGAGACGAGGGUAGGCGCGAAAGCUCCAACACACAAGGAACCAUCAAUAUGAUUUUUGGCGGCUACACCGAGGAACAUCCUACAAUCUGCGCCGCGAAAGACAGUGUCCAUACUCUGUUCAAAGGACCUCCAAAAACCACCUCAAGUGGGCCGAUCAUGAGAUUUGAUGCCACUACUUCCCAACCGUUGCAACAACCACACACUAAUCCUUUAGUGGUUACCAUCAAGAUUGGGCAAAUGAUGGUGAGGCGAGUAUUGGUGGAUACCGGAAGCACGACUGAUCUUAUAACAAUGGAAUGCCUCAGGCAAUUGAAGUUUGAAGAAAAUCACUUACAUCCCCUCGAUAAACCCUUGAUUGGGUUCGGAGGAAAUCAAGUCAUAUCUCUGGGAACAAUCGUACUCCCUGUACGUGUGGGGGAGAAAGACAGGAGCAAAACAAUGCCUAUACGAUUCACGGUGGUGGACCUGACAUUCCCUUAUAAUGCCAUCAUGGGACUCCCACUCAUCAACAAAAUCAAAGCCGCAAUCUUCCCUCAUCAACUUUUAUUGUAA